AUGGCAGCCAACGCUACCAGCCCUUCCAAAUCCCUCCCUCUGUCCGACAAAUCAACCAACGUUUUCCUUCCGUCUCCUGCAAAAGCAAGUAAUGAGGACAAAGCAGCCACCAAGAAAUCGCUGGAGCACCAUCGUCAAGUCCUGAGAGAGAAGCUGCAAGAAGGAUCCCUAAAGGCACCGGGCCAUUACGUCUCUCCUUCAGACAACAUCAUGAGUCCAUGCACCAAAAGGCUUACUGACAUGAAGGUGAAGAUGCUCAAGAAUAUGAAACCUCAAGCUUUGUUCGCCAAAACAAUCGCAAAGAAAUCAUACGAGAAAAUGAGCUCGGAGGAUCCUAACAAUGGGGGCAAUGCUGCCUAG